AUGAGAGUUUCCGAUCAAGCGCCAUGGGGUCUGGAAUGGCGAUCGUCCACGUAUUUCAUUGUCGCGACAAUGGCAGUGGCCUUGCUGACUGAUAUGUACCUCUACGGCUUUCUGGUGCCGCUGCUUCCUUACAUUCUCGAACACCGAUUGGGCCUUGAUGUCUCGCUUACCCAGCGCGUCAGCACCGCGCUGUUGUCCCAGAGUGCCCUCGUUAUGGUCGUGGCGAGCCCGUUGAUCGGGUCGCACGCGGACCGUUCGGGUGCAAAACGGAGUUGGCUGCUGACCGGACUUGCGGGUGCCCUGGUGAGCUCUUUCGCACUCGCCUUGGCGAAUUCGUUGUUCACCCUCUUCGCUGCACGUCUUAUACAGUCUGCCGCCAGCACGGUCAUCUGGGUGGUCGGUUUUGCUACCAUUGCAGAUAAUGUCCCUGCGGACGAUCUAGGCAAGAUGUAUGGCUUCGUAACAAUCGCCAUUGCUGUAGGUACAUCGGGUGGUCCGCUCAUUGCAGGGGUCCUAUUCGAUCUCGGUGGGUACUGGGUGGCAUGGUCGAGCGUGCUUUUGGUUAUUUUAUUUGACGUGAUCUUGCGAUGCUUGAUGCUCGAGCAACCACGAGAACACAGUAAGCCCGCUCGCACCGGAGAUGAGCAAGAUCCAGAGCAGGAUCCGCUCUUGUCCGCAUCAGCUCAAGGGCCAGGGACAAGCGGGAAUUUGGUGGCUGAGAAAACGGGCAUUCAUUUCUAUUUGUGCAUGUUUGGAAACGGCCGUUUCGUGGGUGGUGUGAUUGCUUAUUUCUGCUACGCCGUACUAACCACCAGUUUCGAUGCCACGCUUCCUCUCCAUGUGCGUGAUGUUUUUGGCUGGGGUAGCUUCCCCACGGGUUUAUUGUUUGCUGCUUUUCAGAGCCCCGCGAUCUUCCUUAGUGUUCCUGUCGGCUGGCUGAAGGAUCGGGUGGGUACUCGGCAUCCGACCACGAUUGGGUUUGCUCUCCUGAUGCCGUUGGUUUGGUUGAUUGGAGUCCCUGGGGAUGAACGGUUUCCCUGGGCAGGCCCGGAUGCAUUGGGUUCGAUUGUAUAUGGCGGAGCGAUGGUGGGCAUCGGGAUCGUGAUAUGCCUGCUCAACGGAGUGGGGAUGAUGGAAGCCACUCGUUUGUCCGCCCCUGUUCAAUUUCUUCAAGUCACCACGCUAACCAUGCAUACUAGCCGCGAUGUGCGGCCUCUGUUCUCUGCUUGUGCUCUGGAAUUUGAAGUCGUCGGUGCCCCAGCGUCCAAGUAA